AUGGCGACUAAUAGUGACGACCUGAUCCGCUCGUGCUCCGCCGUCUACGAGAGGAAUCGCGUGCUGGUUCUGGGCCAAUUCAUAUCGGUGCUCAUCGCCUGCACGGGCGUCUUCUCCCAGCUAUUGAGCAGCUCCUUCCAGAUCCAGAUCCCGGUGACGCAGAGUGCUGGCAACUACCUGCUGCUAUGCGUGUACCUGGUGGACCCCGUGAUGCGGUUCCGUCACCAGCGGGGCUAUAAGCUGGAGAUCCCGUGGUGGCAGUACCUGCUGCUUGCUUUCGCGGAUGUGGAGGGGAACUUCUUGGUGGUCUGCGCGUACAAGUACACGUCGAUCUCGAGCGUCAUGCUGCUGGACUGCUUCACUAUCCCCGUGGUCAUGCUGCUGUCGAGCGUGUUCCUGAGGGCCAAGUACACGCGCUCGCACUUUGUGGCCGUGCUGUUUUGCCUCGUUGGGAUCAGCGUGCUGGUCAUCUCGGACGUGAUUCGAGACCAAGAGACCAUGCUCAAGGCGUCGUGGGACGUCUCUGCAUUGUACGGAGACUUCCUCUGUCUGCUCGGCAGCGCUGUCUACGCCUGCUCGAAUGUCGGCCAGGAGUAUCUAGUCAAGAAGGAGAACCGUCGGAUGGAGUUCUUGGGCCUAGUCGGCCUGUUUGGAUUCCUCAUUAGCUCUCUGCAGGCGGCGUGCUUCGAAGGAGACGUCGUCCGUGCUGUGGACUGGACGUGGCCCAGCGCAUUAUGCCUGCUCGGCUACAUCGUCACGCUGUUCGUCAUGUACACUUCGACGUCGAUCUUCCUCACCACGGGCGACGCUGCCGUCUUCAACUUGUCGCUGCUCACGUCCGACUUCUUCGCCGUCGUGGCGGCCAAGUACCUCUUCAACGAGGAGCUCAGCAGUCUCUACUUCGUGGGUUUCUCGCUCAUCAUCGUGGGCGUCUCGGUGUACAACCGCUCGGCGCCGCCCACCACCGCCACUACAUGUAGCUGCUCCUACAUCGCUGACGGCUCUAUCGACCGACUGCUGCCAGCCGAACCAUAA